CAGCGCCGCAGCACGGCCCGCGCCGCCAGCUCCCUACGGCUCCGUCCCGCCCCGUCGCGCCGGCCCAACGGCUCCAGGGUGGUUGAUGGAGUUAUGAUUCUCCCUGUGCUGAUGGUGAUGGCGUUCCCAUCUCCGAGCUGGCAAGACGAUGAACGGAAGCUCAAGAUGGUGCCCUACGAGUGUGUGUGUGAAGGCAUCUCCUGUGGGAACGGGGACCGGUGCCAAGGCCAGCGCUGCUUCGCUUCCCUGAGCAUUAAUGACGGGGCCAAGGUCUACCAGAAGGGCUGCUUCCAGGUCUAUGAGCAGCGGAAGAUGACCUGCAAAACACCCCCGUCCCCCAACCAGGCCGUGGAGUGCUGCCAGGGGCACCUGUGCAACAUGAACAUCACCGCCCAGCUGCCCUCCUCCAAAGGGCAAACCUUUCAAGGAGAAGCUGCAGGUUACAGCAUGGAAACACUAAUCAUCGUUAUCCUGGCCCCUGUGGUGGUGUUGAUAGUUUUCUCUGCAGUAGCUGUGCUGAUCAUACGGAGAAUACAGAAGAACCACAUGGAGAGGCUCAAUUCCAGGGAUGCAGAGUAUGGCACAAUCGAGGGCCUCAUUGCCUCCAACGUGGGGGACAGCACGCUGGCAGAUUUGUUGGACCAUUCCUGCACAUCUGGAAGUGGCUCUGGACUUCCCUUCUUGGUGCAAAGAACGGUGGCUCGCCAGAUCACACUUGUGGAGUGUGUGGGAAAGGGCCGUUACGGAGAAGUGUGGAGGGGGCAGUGGCAAGGAGAAAACGUUGCUGUGAAGAUCUUCUCUUCUAGGGACGAAAAGUCCUGGUUCAGGGAAACCGAGCUGUACAACACCGUGCUGCUGCGGCACGAGAAUAUUUUAGGCUUUAUUGCAUCCGACAUGACUUCCAGGAACUCGAGCACGCAGCUGUGGCUGAUCACGCACUACCACGAGAUGGGCUCUCUGUACGACUACCUGCAGCUGACCACGCUGGACACGGUGAGCUGCCUGCGCAUCGUGCUGUCCAUCGCCAGCGGCCUGGCGCACCUGCACAUCGAGAUCUUCGGCACGCAGGGCAAGCCGGCCAUCUCGCACCGCGACCUCAAGAGCAAGAACAUCCUCGUCAAGAAGAACGGGCAGUGCUGCAUCGCCGACCUGGGCCUGGCAGUGAUGCAUUCCCAGAGCACGAACCAGCUGGACGUGGGCAACAACCCCCGCGUGGGCACCAAGCGCUACAUGGCCCCCGAGGUGCUGGACGAGUCCAUCCAGGCCGACUGCUUCGACUCCUACAAGCGCGUGGACAUCUGGGCCUUCGGGCUGGUGCUCUGGGAGGUGGCCAGGCGCAUGGUCAGCAACGGAAUCGUGGAAGACUACAAGCCACCCUUUUAUGACUUGGUUCCGAACGACCCCAGUUUUGAAGACAUGAGGAAAGUGGUCUGUGUGGAUCAGCAGAGGCCCAACAUUCCCAACAGAUGGUUCUCAGACCCGACGUUGACGUCCCUUGCCAAGCUGAUGAAGGAGUGCUGGUACCAGAACCCCUCGGCCAGACUGACAGCCCUGCGCAUCAAAAAGACUUUGACCAAAAUUGACAAUUCCUUAGACAAACUGAAAGCUGACUGUUGACCCUCUCCUGGCGGUGCUGUCCCGGCAGGAAGGCGCCUGGCUGCCCCGAGGGCUCCGCCCGGGCAGUGCCAGCCUGGUCCCCGUGCUGCUGGAGCGGGAGCCUGGGGACAGCUGGGACCCCGCACUGCCCGGGCCAGGUGGGCUUGGGGACAGCUGGGACCCGGCGCUGCCCGGGACACCUUGCCUUGGGGACAGCUGGCACCCCGCACUGCCCGGGGCGGCGCUGGGACUCAGCCGCACGGGCUGUGCCUGAGCUGGUGGCCUGAAGGAAGACAGAGAAAUCCUAAGACAAGAUCAGGGCAUUAAACAAUGGCUUUGAACAGCUUUCUUCUUGUUUCUUUUCUUUUUUUUUGUUUCCUUUUUUUUCCCUUUUCUUUUUUGAUUUUUAUUUUUAAUAUUUUAUUUUAAUUCUCCUAAUCACUCCCAAGGUGAACACAUGGAAGUGGUAAAUUUUAAUCAGCAAUAUUGCCUGUGCUUCUCUUCUUUAUUGCACUAGGAAUUCUUUGCAUUCCUUACUUGCACUGUCACUGUUAAUUUUAACGACAUGACUUGCCAAAAAUAUGAUUGGCUGUAUCCUGCAUCGAUCUAUGCCUGAGUAAUAGGAAAAGAAUUCGGUAAACUGAAAACGUAACUGUCAGACUUUAGCUGCAUUUUACAUGUGUACUGAUGUUUACAAUAAUGCUGAACAUUAGGAAUUUCUUGUUUAUUCAAAACUUGCAAAUUAUUUAUUACUAGUGCACUUGCCAGUUUUUUAAACUGUAAAAUAAGUGCAUAAAGUUAAACCUUAUUUUUAUGUGGCCUCUUUCAUGAUUUCUUACACAGACGUUUUUGUAACACAAUAUAACCUGAAACAUGAAUUGUUUUCUGUAUUAUCAUAUUACAACUCGAUAGUCACAUUUUAAGUGCUUCACAUUUGUAGGUGUGUGGUCUGUACCAUAUUUUCAGUUGGAAUAUGGGACGUAUAUAUAGCCAUUUCCCACAGGACCUUGCGUCUGGCAUCUUACUGAUCUGGGAAAGGAAGGCAAUGGAGGAGUUAACUAGAAUAUUAGGUCAUGAAUGCUGUGGGGAAAAUGCAUUUUAUUUCUUCUAAGCUAUAUAAUAUGCAUUUAAACUCUGCCAGAAAAAUAACUAUUUUGUUUUAAUCUACUUUUUCUAUUUAGUAGUUAUUUGUAUAAAUUAAAUAGAAUGUUUUC